UCUUGCGAUUGGCUGUUCCUUGUUUCCGGGGCUCCGCUCUGCACUCAUUUGACGUUUCUGUCGGUCUGCUCUGAGACAGACUGGAGAGAAUGGCUGCCAGUGGAGAGGUAGGGAAGCUGUUACAAGUACAAAAUGGGACGCUUCCAAUCACCAACUACAAUGGGGUAGAUGCUGUUCAUGCUUGUAACAUCCUGCAGCAGCUCAAAGCCUUGUACGAUGAAGCACAGCUCACAGACAUCGUUGUAGAAGUGGACCAUGGCAAGACUUUCUCAUGCCACAGAAAUGUUCUUGCUGCAAUCAGCCCAUAUUUUAGGUCCAUGUUCACCAGUGGCCUUACAGAGAGCAGUCAGCGUGAGGUUCGAAUUGUUGGCGUGGAAUCUGAAUCCAUGCACCUUGUCCUAGAUUAUGCCUACACAUCCAGGGUCUCGCUCUCUGAGUCUAAUGUCCAGGCCCUAUUCACUGCAGCCAGCAUUUUCCAGAUCCCUGCCCUGCAGGACCAGUGUGCCCAGUUCAUGAUCAGCCGACUUGACCCUCAGAACUGUAUAGGAGUCUUUAUGUUUGCUGAUGCAUAUGGGCACCAGGAACUGAGGGAACGCUCACAGGAUUAUAUCCGCAAGAAGUUCUUGUGUGUAUCACGGGAGCAAGAGUUCCUCCAGAUGACCAAGGAGCAGUUGGUCAGCAUUUUGAAUAAUGAUGACCUCAAUGUGGAAAAGGAAGAGCAUGUCUAUGAGAGCAUUGUCCGCUGGCUAGAGCAUGAUCUGUCUGGCCGUGAAACUCAUCUAGCUGAGGUUUUUUCCCAGUGUAUCCGUCUGCCCUUGCUGGAUGAGGCCUUUCUCAAUCGGAUACCUCCCCCCUUUGCUUGCGCCCUCUCCCUUUCAACAGACUCUGCUGAGGCCAAAGCUCGCCUCACUGGCACAAAUGGUUGUCCACAGCGCCUGGGUAUGACUGCUUCUGAGAUGGUCAUCUGCUUUGAUGCUGCUCAUAAACACUCAGGUAAGAAGCAGACGGUGCCUUGUCUGGACACGGCGACAGGAAGGGUGUUCAAACUCUGCAAACCACCUAAUGAUCUCCGGGAGGUUGGCAUCUUGGUGUCCCCAGAAAAUGACAUCUACAUUGCUGGUGGGUACCGUCCGAGUAACAGCGAGGUGUCCAUAGACCAUCGAGCAGAGAGUGACUUCUGGCAGUACGAGCAUGCAGGCAACCGAUGGCUUCCACGUGCACCUCUUCUGAGAGCCCGAAUUGGAUGCAGGCUUGUGCACUGCUGCGGGAAGCUGUAUGCACUGGGAGGCCGUGUUUAUGAAGGUGAUGGGCGAAAUGCAUUAAAAUCAGUAGAGUGCUAUGAUGCCAGAGACAACUGUUGGACUGCAGUCAGUCCAAUGCCAGUGGCCAUGGAGUUUCACAGUGCUGUAGAGUACAAAGACCGUAUCUACGUCCUCCAAGGUGAAUAUUUCUUCUGCUAUGAUCCCCGUAAGGACUACUGGAGUCAUCUGGCGCCAAUGAGUGUCCCUCGGAGUCAGGGUCUGGCUGCCUUGUAUAAAAACUGCAUCUACUACAUAGCUGGGAUCUGCAGAAACCACCAGCGUACUUUUAAUGUGGAGGUCUACGACAUUGAGAAGAACACAUGGAGCCGCAAGAAAGAUCUACCCUUUGACCAAGCCACAAGCCCGUAUAUCAAGGCCAUGCUGCUGCAAGGCAAGCUACACCUGUUUGUACGAGCUACACAAGUCAUGGUGGAGGAGCAUGUGUUUCGCACUAGCAGGAAGAACUCCCUUUACCAGUAUGACGAUGAGGCAGACGUAUGGACCAAAGUCUAUGAGACACCCGAUCGCCUCUGGGAUUUGGGCCGCCAUUUUGAAUGUGUGGUGGCCAAACUUUAUCCACAGUGUCUCCAGAAAGUGCUUUGAGGUAUUUGAAUUUUGUGGACCCCGUCUCUGAGGCAGAGGGGGGAUAGUGUGGUCCAGCCUGCCUUGUGCCUGGUGUUACCUUGGGUUUGCACCACAUGCACCAUUUUUGGUUAAGUCUUAAGUUGUUCAACUUCUGGUUUAAAAUGAUCAAAAUGGGGGUGCUUUUAAAGAUUGCAGUAUUUUUUUUCUUUUUUCAAGAAAGCACCAACUACCCACACUGAGGCUUGUUUAACAAAACCGUACAAUGACUCAUAAGUGCAAUUAUACUAUUUUUUUUUUUUUUUUUUGCUUGUUGUCGAGCCAUGUUGUUCUAUUUUUGUGUUAGGUGCAUAAAUACACCAGUCAGCCACAACGUUAAAACCCCUGAGUUGCAGGGUGGGGCCUCUGUGGAUUGGGUUGUAUUAGUGCUAUCUGUAAAUGGUUUUACUGUUGUGGCUGAUUAAUGUGUGUAUGAAUUUUUACAAAUGAUAAGCAUGGAACUGAGGGUGUUGCCUCUGGAGAUAUGGAUGCUAUGUGUCAGCAUAAAGUGAAACUCUAUAUAGAUAUAGAAAUAUACAAAUAGUCAUAUAAACUAUAUAUUCAUACGGGUAAGAUGAGUACCUUAGGUCAUUAGUAGAUUGCUGGCUCUGAGGUUUGUGUGGAUUUUUUUCCUGUUCUGCGUUUAUGCCUCUCUUCAGUUUAUUUCAUAUGCAAGUUUUAAUUUGAAGUGUGCUUGUGAUUGACAUUAGUGUUUUUAAAGGUUGAAAGUUAAAUGGUAACUUUUUAUUGCCCACUCUUCCUCCACAGGUGUCAGUGUGUCAAACAUACACUAUGUGCGGCUUCCAGACUUUUUUUUUUUCCUGGUUUGAGUUGGCAUCCAUUAAGUGAAAUGUUAGAAUAUUCACUCUCCACAUUGGAGAAACAAGGACGGAGUCAAAUUUGUUGCAACACUAAGUGGCUCAUUCAGACCAACAGGUUUACCUCAGAAACUUCAGAGAUUUUUGAUUAGGAGCAAAGGGACAUUUCAGGCCGUUGUGUUGAUAUAAACAAGUGUUUGCUCUGAGUUUGAGCUCUGAGUUUGUUCUUUGACACCGGGUGAUUAAACGCUUGAAAAAAAGGGUUCCAAUAGCCUUCCUCGUAAUGCCAAAAGAGCAUUUGAGGUCUUACUAUAGUUGUCGUGGAAGUUGGAAACGGAUUUUGUGGUAGCAAUAAAUCUUGGAACUGUGAUUAGGCUAUAUUACAUUGUAUUACCUUAUUAAAAGUGCAUUAAUUGUUUUGUGUGCUCGUCUCUGCUAGCGAAGAUCAGUAGUACCCAUAACGAUUGUUUGGCUGUUGGCUGAAGUGAUGUGGAUUUUUCGUGGAGAUCUUUUGUGAUGCCAAUGUGCCUGCAGCUAGAAAAAAAGGGGCAUCAGAAUCAAAAACUGUUCCUCCUGAUGAAGAAUAUCUGAAAAGUCUUACUCAGCGUUGCACUGAAUAACUCGCCACUUCAGCGGUCCUUAACUGCAAACUUUACGAGGCACCCUCGUAAAGCUAUGAAUCCGUCUUUACACGUCAUCACAGAGGAUACAAACUUUUGGUGCUGGUGCUUUUUUCUGUUUUUUUUUUUUUUUUGACAAUCUUGUACAGAAGAACGCCACCACUGGAGGGCGUUUGCUGUCAAAGUGUGACAUUUUUAGUGCUGUCAGUUUCCUCACGCAGGUUCCUGUUUCAUCAUUGCACUACACAUUUCUUGUGUAUUUUAUCUAAGCAAGGAGUGCCCUCCUAUUAAGUGAAAACAUUUUAGCAACCAUAUAGUAAUCAUCUUAAGAGAUUUACAUUGGCAUUUAAUACAGGAAAAGUCGCAUUCAUUAAGGACUUGAGGAUAUAAUUAACUUCUCCGAGAGAAGAUUCACUGUUGACUGACUUUAACCUGAUUUCUAGUCAACCCAGCUUGAACAAUGUUUCCCACGAAAAAGGGUCAGAGUGGGUCUGGGCUUCACUCGACUGUCCACAGACAGCCAUUUGCGAACCAGGAACGGAGAACUCUCAGGAUUUCUACUGAUACCCAGUACUGUAUUUAAGUUGUUUUUGUUAUGUGUAAUAUACUGUACUAUAGAUUUGCUGUACUUGCACAGUUUUUUAAAGUUAUCUUCAGUUUCUUUUAUAACUUGAAAAAUAGAUGUGAUUUCUUUUUGUUGUCUCUAGUGGCUGUUUUGUUUUUUCUUUACAUAAUUAUCUGUUUAGUUAUAAUAGAGUAAUCCUGUUCUGUUGAGGGGGAAAAAAAAAUUACCCGCACGAGUGAUAUAUUUUGAUUUGCCCCCCUCCACCCCGUAGUACAGUAGUAUCUUUGGAACAUCUCACUGAAACUAAGCAUUACAGUUGAAGUAACUGCAUUGUUACAACAUAUUUCAAACACCAGUCAUGUAAUACACAAAGCUAUAAAACCUGCUUUCUCCUAAGAGUUGGCUGCCCUGUGCGGCCAAACACAGCUCGUUCUGGUCAUCUUCAUGCAUCACCUAUGGGUGCUAUUCCAUUGUGUCUUUUUAAUCCAUUUAUUUUUCUGUUGGUUUUUUUUUGGUUUUUUUGGGUUUCAGGUUAUAGUGGUUGUUGAGCUCAACUGUGAAAUUCACCUUGCACAUAAUUUG